AAUAUAGAGAGGAGUGAGGAUUAUAGGUUUAGGUAAGUGGUGGUAGGGUGGGUGGGGAUAGGGUGGCGCCGCGUCCGGUGGUGAUGGUAGUGGGGUUCACUGCGCGCACACCGCAGCAGCGCAUGCUAGCAUUCAUCACCCCCCUCGGUCACCAUCCACCCCCACUCACCCCACCCGCUCUGCCCAAUCUCUUUUGCCACUACAACCUCAUUCAAUCUCUCUCUCUCUCUUUUACCCAAUCAUUUCAACCACCUCCCAACUCCUACCACCACACUCACCCACCGCAUCUUCUUGCUAUCGUGCGCUUCAUCUUGUUCCAACCCCCCCAAUCCCUAUCCAGUAGCCGCUAGAUAACAAACGCCCCCUCCCCUCCCUCCUCUUCUCCCAUCCCAUUUAUUUCCAAUUCAUUGCUCUUUCCAACUCAUUUCUUGUUCACCAAUUAUCGAUUUUCUUACGCCGCCUUUCUACCGUGCGCUACCUCAGUCAGAACCCCAUAGCUGCCUUAAUUGCGUGCCAAAAUUGAUACUUUGUUGGUGUGCCGCCGGCCGCUUAGUUAUAACCACAUGUCGUCCCCCACCGCAGCCGACGACGCGGUCACGGUGGCUGACUCGGCUGAGAAGCCUCAACGGCGGUUUCCGCCGCCGUGCUGGACCCAAGAAGAGACCUUAGUUCUGAUCGAGGCGUACCGAGAGCGCUGGUACGCCCUCCGCCGCGGCUACCUCCGGACGGCGGACUGGGACGCGGUUGCCGCUGCCGUGGCGAGCCACUGCCCCGGCGCAUCCCCGGCGAAGACCUCCGCGCAGUGCCGCCACAAGAUGGAGAAGCUCCGGCAGCGCUACCGCGCUGAGAAGCAGCGCGCCAUCUCCUUCCCGCACCCCGGCGGCCGCUACUUCUCGUCGUGGUUUUUCUUCGAGAAUAUGGAGGCGAUGGAGAACGGCACCGCGCCGCCGGCAACCGGACAGAAGCAGGAGGAUUCUGCCGACGGAUCUCGAUUGAAGUCUUUUAUGGAUCAGAACAUAGUGAAAUUGAAGCUCAAAUCGAAGAACAGCACCGAUCCCGACCCUGAACUAGGGUUCGCCAACGGCGUCAAACCUAAGAGAUUCAAUUCAGGAGCUCAGAUCCCGAUCGAUUACUCUCCCUACUCGAACGCAGAAAUUCCAGAUCAAAUGCAGGAAAACAUCUCUCACGAUCACGAUCUCGCAAAUUGCGGAAGCAGAUCUCAAAAAGCUUCGGUCAAAUCCAGAGCGAAGAACCCCAGUAAAAUGCUCAACAAUUUCAACAUCAGCGACGGAUUCAACCACCAAUUAUUCCCAGCGCCUAUGAGGAUCAGAAAGCUUGAGAAUUUCGAGGCAAACAUGGAUCCAGGCAGCAUAAGAAGCAGGCACAGUCCAAAUGAAGAAUUCUGGGCGAAAUUUCCCGUGAACCACAAAAAUAACAACAGCGGCGGAGCGAAGAGGGCGAGGAGCGCGGUGGAGGAGAUCGUGUCGUCGAUAAAAAUGUUGGGCGAAGGAUUCGUGAGAAUGGAGAAUGCGAAGAUGGAGAUGGCGCGUGAGAUGGAGGCGGCGCGGAUGGAGAUGGAGAUGAAGCGGAACCAAGUGCUGCUGGAAUCGCAGAAGCAGAUUGUUGAUGCGUUUUUGAAGGGAUUGUUUGAGCUCAAGAAGAGCAAAAAAAUCAAAGCUGCUCCAACUCCCGCAGAUUCAGCUCACUAAUAUAUGUAUUUUUUUUUUUCAUGUUUUCUGAUAAAUGUUUAUAUGCAUUAGAGAAUGG